UUGUCGCGUCCUCCUUGCGACACACACCUAUUUGAAUGCCGUUGUUGUCCAAAGGGGCAGAGACUUUGUGGAGGUGGUGUUGGGGUCCAGAACAGAACAUAAAUAAAGGAGGGGCCACUUGGCUUUGUCUCUUUUUGCCCCAGAGAAAAGUCCAGCUGAAGAUGGAUUGCCAGAAGCAGUCCAAGGACACCAAAUUUUGAAUUGAGGUCCCCAACUGGAGGGAGGCUGCCCCCCCCCUUCCCCUUUAAUGGGGGAUGAUGGCGGAAUCCACCUUAGGAGGAGAGAGCACCGACUCGGAGACCCUCCGCCGGCGCUUCAGGCGGUUCCGCUACGAGGAGGUGGCCGGGCCCCACGAGGCCUUCAGCAAACUCUGGGAACUCUGCUGUUGCUGGCUGAGGCCGGAGAUGCGCACGAAAGAACAGAUCCUGGAGCUGCUGGUGCUGGAGCAGUUCCUGACCGUCUUGCCUGGAAAGAUCCAGACCUGGGUGAAGGACCGGCAUCUGGAGAGUGGAGAGGAGGCCGUGGCUUUGGUCCAGGGUUUGGAGGGGAAACCUGGGAAGCCAAGGCAGUGGGUCACAGUUUGUGUGCACGGGCAGGAAGUUCUCUCAGAGGAGCCAUCGGCCCUGGAGCCAGCUGAAACCCAGCCUAAAGGGAGGCCCCAAGAGGACCGGCCUCGGCGUCCACAAGCGGGACCGUGCCGAGGGCAGCCGAGCCCGAAGGAGGAGCCUCGACAGCUGCUGGAGAACGGAGCAGGAUUUCCCGUCUCUAAUCCCAGUGUGGUUACUAUGCUGGAGCGAGAGGAAGGGACCUGGAUCCCAAAUCUCCAGGGCUGUAAGGAGAGAGCCAUCCACAGGGAGAGCACAAGAGGUUCCUACACAAAUGAGGAGCAAGUCCAAUCUGAUCGGCGACCAGGGAAGAGGGAAAGAAAGCCCCGGGGGGACCAGGAGCUUGGAGGCUUGGAGGAUGAGAUGGUUGCUGGGGUGCACUGGGGCUAUGAGGAAACCAAGACUUUACUUGCAAUUCUCAGAGAGCCCCGCUUUUAUGAGAAGCUCCGGACCUGUCACCGCAACAGCCGGGUGUACGGGGCGGUGGCGGAGCAGCUGCGGGAACACGGCUUCCUCCGAUCCCCGGAGCAGUGUCGGACCAAGUUCAAGAGCCUCCAGUCCAGCUACCGGAAAGAGAGGCGAGGCCAUGUGCCGGAGCCCUGUGCUUUCUACAGAGAGAUGGAAGCCCUGGUGAACUCCCAGGCCCCCGCUGCCUCGGAGGAAGGGGUGCCCCACUGGUCCUUGCAGGGAAGCAAUGCCGAACCUGAAGGGCGGGAGCAGAAGGAGGACACUGAUGAUACCACAGAAGACGCUGAGAGCAACAAAGUGGACACCGGUGAGCUGACCCAGGAACCCAGAAGCCCUGACACUCCAUCUUUCUUCCAAAACCGCACUGGUGUGCACUGGGGGUAUGAGGAAACCAAGACUUUCCUGGCGAUUCUUGGCAAGUCUCAGUUUUAUGAAAAACUGCAGUCCUGUCACCGAAAUAGCAGGGUGUAUGGAGCUGUGGCCGAGCGGCUUAGAGACCACGGCUUUUUCCGCACCCCGGAACAGUGUCGAACUAAGUUCAAAAGCCUCCAGACGAGCUACUGGAAAGAGAGACGAGGCCACAUGCCAAAACCCUGCGCUUUCUAUGAAGAGAUGGAUAAAAUGGGCAUCGAGGAGCCAAUCCCAGAGCCCAAGAGCCCUGCCUUGCCAGACCUAUUCCACAAUCGAAGCGGGGAAAGAGGAGAUGGCCAAAAUAGCCUGUUUUCCUGCCAUUUGUAUGGACUGGGGAAGAAGCAAGGAGCAGAGGAUGGUGGACAAUGGCACUUUUCACGGUCCAGCCCAGUACAUUCAGUCUGCCUGGAAGGUUUUGAAAUUGAGAGUGGUAAUAAGAAGAAUGCAAAGCAGGAAAUUUCUGAGAAAGAAGAAUUGCAUAGGUCACAACCAAGGAGCCCAGAGAGAGAGCAACCUGCUCAGGGAAGGGACUGGGAGAAUGAGCACCCGUCAGGAAAGCAUUUGGAAAACUCUUCCAGAGAGAGACAGGAUAAGCUGAUUGUCCAAGAGAGGGAUUUAGAAAAAACUGUAAAUCACCUGGGACCUUGUGUAAGGGGAAAACCCUAUAAAUGUCUCAAGUGUGGAAAAGCCUUCAGUCAAAACUCCCACCUUAUCACACAUCAGAUAACCCACCGGCUAGAGAAUCCUCAUGAAUGUGACGAAUGUGGGAAAAGCUUCAGUCGGAGUGCUCAUUUAAUUAGACACCGGAGAGUUCACACGGGUGAGAAACCCUACAGAUGCCUUGACUGUGGGAAAAGUUUCCGGGACAGUUCCAACUUUGGUGCCCAUCAAAGAAUACACACGGGGGAGCGACCUUAUAAAUGUGGGGAGUGUGGGAAGAGUUUUAAUCAGAGUUCAAGUCUUGUUGUACACCUGAGGACCCACACAGGAGAAAAACCAUAUAAAUGUAGCGAAUGUGACAAAAGCUUCAAUAACAGCUCCCAGUUUAGUGCUCAUCGGCGAACCCACACAGGAGAGAAGCCCUAUAAAUGUGGAGAGUGUGGGAGAAGCUUUAAUUACAGUUCCCAUUUGAGUACACAUCAGAGGAGUCACACAGGGGAGAAAGCCUAGGAAUGUCUCAGUGGAGAAAGCUCAACCCUUGCUAAACUCUGUAAAAGUCAAAUAAGAGAAAAUGGAGAAGCGGUAUGGUCUAGUAAAAAGAGCACAGACCUAGGA